UCAAGACAGUUCAAGCUCAGCGGAGGAACGAGAAACAUUCACAUCGUCAUUAUUCAUGCUGUGAAGUUGUGAAGGGUGAUGGCGUCUGUUGAAGAUCUGCUCAAGAAUUCACUGGAGAAUCUGGUGAAAGAUGAUCUGAAAAAGUUUCAGUGGCACUUAAAGAAAGAUCAUAAGUACAUAUCAAAUUCUGAAAUGGAGAAUGCAGGCAUAUUAGACACAGUAGAUAAAUUGGUGGACUGUUUUGGACCAGAAGAAGCUGUGAAGAUCACGGUGGAGAUCCUGAGGAAGAUGAACCAGAAUAAUCUGGCUGAGCAGUUAGAGAAAAAUCACAAGCAAGGUUCAACUGCAGACGAGAGUCAAGCUACUGUUCAAGAUUACACAAAGACCAGCCGCAGACUAAAGAACAAAUUAAAACAGGACUACGAGCAGAUAUUGGUUGGUAAUUCACAGACGGGUCAUCGGAAAUACCUGAACGAUAUCUACACUGAUUUAUAUGUUGUGGAGAAUGAGACUGGAGGAAGAGUGAACGACCAUGAGGUGAUGCAGAUUGAAUCAAGUCACAACCCACUGACUGCCAAGGAGAAGCCAAUCGAGUGUAAUGACAUGUUUAAAGUCCAGUGUGACACAGGUCGACGAAACAGAAAAGUGCUGACAAUAGGGAUUGCAGGAGUGGGAAAAACUGUCUCUGUUAAUAAAUUCAUCUUUGACUGGGCUGAAGGAACAGAAAAUCAGGAUAUAGUCUUCAUAUUUUCACUUCCAUUCCGUAGAUUGAAUUUGAUUGAAGAAGAGUACAGUCUCAUGGGAUUGCUUAACAAAUACUUCUUUAGUAGUUCUGAAGAACUGCUCUCUCUUCCUGAAGGUGACGGUAAAGUCAUGUUCAUCUUUGAUGGGCUGGAUGAAUGUCGGUUUCCUUUGAGCUUUAAAGGAGAUGACAUAUUUACAAGUGUAAAUGAAAAAACAACAGUGAGUAAGAUAAUAAUAAACCUUAUCAAAAGACAUCUGGUUCCCUCUGCUCUCAUCUGGAUCACAUCUAGACCAGCAGCAGCCAGUCUGAUACCCCGUGACUACAUUGAUCAGGUGACUGAGGUGCGUGGAUUCAACAAUGAACAGAAAGAGCAAUACUUCAUCAAAAACAGUCCUGAGGUUUCUGAAAACAUUAUCCGUCACAUCAGGAAAUUCAGGAGCCUGUACAUCAUGUGCCAUAUCCCUGUCUUCUGCUGGAUCUCUCUUACUGUUCUUCAGCCUCUACUUGCUCGAGAAAGCAAUGACAAAACUCCCACAACUCUCACAGAGUUGUACACAAGCUUCUUAAUUUCUCAGCAGCAACAGAUGGAAGAAAAAUACUGUGAUGACCCUGAACCUAAAGCCAAUGCAAGGUGCUUUGAUGAGAUUCUUCUGAAGCUUGGGAAACUGGCCUUUCAUCAGCUGGAGAAAGGAAACCUGAUUUUCUACAAAGAAGAUCUUGAGGAAUGUGGACUAGAUGUCAGCGAAGGAUCUGUGUACUCUGGGUUAUGCACUCGAAUGUUUCAGGAGGAGAAGGUUUCAAAAAGAAACAUUUACAGCUUCAUACAUCUCAGCGUACAGGAAUUCCUUGCUGCUCUUUAUGUGUUUUUAAUUAGCAAAGACAAGAAAACAAACCCAUUUCUUGAAUCCUGGAUAGAAAAACUGAAAUGCAAUCUCUCCAAAAAGCCACUGUUUAGACUUCAUAAGGCUGCAAUCAACAAGGCUUUACAAAGUGAGAAUGGACACCUGGACCUUUUCCUCCGGUUCCUUCUGGGUCUCUCACUGGAUUCUAAUCAGAGUGACCUGAAGGAACUACUGCCAAAACUGAAACUGAAAACAGAGAAUGUUAAAGACACUGUUGACUAUAUUAAACAGACAAUAGAGACAGAGAAAUCAGUGGAAAGAACCAUCAAUCUCUUCUAUUGUCUGAGCGAGCUAAGAGAUGACUUUGUGAAAGAAAUACAGAAGAAUCUUAGCUCAGGAAAUCUUUCAGCACAUAAUCUCUCCUCUGCUCAGUGGUCUGGUCUGGUGUUUGUGCUCCUCAUGUCAGAAGAGACUCAAGAGAAGUUUGAACUGCAGAAAUACAGAAGAUCUGAGGAAGCACUGAUGAGACUGCUGCCAGUGAUCAAAAACACUAGAAGAGCACUGCUACAGUGCUGUAAUCUCACUGCUCAGUCCUGUGAAAGUUUGUCUUCAGUAUUACAAUCCUCAAAAUCUGUCCUGAGAGAGCUGGACCUGAGUAACAAUGACCUGCAGGAUUCAGGAGUGAAUCUUCUUUCUGAUGGACUGAAGAAUCCAAACUGUCCACUGGAGAUACUGAGAUUUCAAACAUGUAAUCUCACGGCUCAUUGUUGUGAGAGUUUGUCUUCAGCUCUACAAUCCUCAAACUCUGUCUUGAGAGAGCUGGACCUGAGUAACAAUGACUUGCAGGAUUCUGGAGUGAAGCGUCUUUCUGAUGGACUGAAGAGUCCAAACUGUUUGCUGGAGAUACUGAGAUUUCAAACAUGUAAUCUCACUGCUCAGUGUUGUGAGAGUUUGUCUUCAGCUCUGCAAUCCUCAAACACUGUCCUGAGAGAGCUGGACCUGAGUAACAAUGACCUGCAGAAUUCUGGAGUGAAGCUUCUUUCUCAUGUACUGAAGAAUCCAAACUGUCCACUGGAGAUACUGAGAUUUCAAACAUGUAAUCUCACUGCUCAUUGUUGUGAGAGUUUGUCUUCAGCUCUACAAUCCUCAAACUCUGUCUUGAGAGAGCUGGACCUGAGUAACAAUGACCUGCAGGAUUCUGGAGUGAAGCUUCUUUCUGAUGGACUGAAGAGUCCAAACUGUCAGCUGGAGAUAAUGAGAUUGUCUGGCUGUAUGGUGACAGAGGAAGGCUGUGAUUAUGUGUCUUCAGCUCUGAGUUCAAACCCUUCAUACCUGAGAGAGCUGGAUCUGAGCUACAAUCACCCAGGAGAUUCAGGAGUCAAGCUUCUCACUGAUAAACUCAACCAUUUGGACUACAGACUGGAUAAACUCAAUGUGGAUCAUGGAGGAGAGAUCAGGAUUACAGCAGGAGUACGCAAAUAUUCCCAUCAGCUCACUCUGGAUCCAAACACAGCACAUAAACUCCUCCGACUGUCUGAGGGGAACAGAGUGAUUGCUGACACUGACACAGAUCAGGCGUAUCCUGAUCAUCCAGACAGAUUUGAUUGUUAUCAGCAGGUGUUGUGUAGAGAGAGUGUGUGUGGACGCUGUUACUGGGAGAUUGAGUGGAGUGGAUUUGUGGAUAUCUCAGUGUCAUAUAAGAGCAUCAGGAGGAAGGGAUCGGAUAAAGAGUGUUGGUUUGGAUCUAAUGAUCAGUCCUGGAGUUUGUAUUGCUCUUCCUCCAGUUACUCAUUCAUUCACAAUAACAUAAAGACUCUUCUCCCUGUAAAGUCCAUCAGCAGGAGAAUAGGAGUGUAUGUGGAUCACAGGAGAAUAGGAGUGUAUGUGGAUCACAGUGCAGGAACUCUGUCCUUCUACAGCGUCUCUGGAGAGACAAUGAGCCUCAUCCACACAGUCCAGACCACAUUCACUCAACUGCUCUAUCCUGGGUUUGGGGUUUAUUCUCGAUCAUCAGUGAAACUGUGUUGAAGAGAACAGACUGUAGAGAGAUUCUACCCACAAUGCUUUGAGCUCAUGAUGAAUCAGUGACUGUCACACACCAGCUUGACUAGAUGAUCCAAGAUAAGAGGCUUCGACGCAGAAAGACGAUGAACACUUUUAUUUAAUAAACACUUGCACAAAACGUUAACACAAGACAAUGAACAUAAGAUGACUGAGGGUUUAAAUACAAUAGAUAACAAAGAGACUGAUGGUGAUGAGUUGUCAUGGUUACAAAUGAGGGUUGCUAUGGAAAUGAG